AUGACACUGGACGUGCCCGUCAUUUUGGCUGCAGACCCGACGCAUUUUGCCGUGACAUCGGGCGCUUCCGUGGCUUCUGCUCCGGACGGCCACUAA